AAAGCAGAACACUGGCAAUUGUGAGACCUCGUGAAAAACUGCAGUGAGGAAGAUGAAGCUCCCGAUUUUCAUUGCAGACGCAUUCACAGCAAGGGCAUUUUGUGGGAACCCUGCAGCUGUCUGCCUCCUGGAAAAUGAACUGGAGAAUGACACAUAUCAAAACAUCGCAAAGGAAAUGAACCUGUCUGAAACUGCAUUUGUUCGAAAAUUGAGCCCAACAGACAACUUUACCCAAAGUUCCUGCUUUGGACUCAGGUGGUUUACCCCGGCAAGCGAAGUCCCACUGUGUGGCCAUGCUACCCUUGCUUCUGCCGCUGUGCUGUUUUACAAAAUGAAAAAUACAAAUAGCACUCUAACCUUUAACACUCUGAGUGGGGAACUAAAGGCCAGAAGAGCGGAGGAUGGCAUUAUCCUGGACUUGCCUCUCUAUCCAACCUACUCCCAGGACUUCCAUGAAGUAGAGACCUUGAUAAAGACUGCUAUAGGUGACACCCUGGUCCAAGAUAUCCAGUAUUCUCCAGACACCCGCAAGCUUCUCGUCCGGCUCAGUGAUUCUUACAAAAGGUCAUUUCUAGAGACCCUGAAGGUGAACACAGAGACUCUGCCUCACAUUGAAAAUACGGGAAAGGUGAAAGGACUCAUUCUCACUCUGAAAGGAGAGCCUGGUGGGCAGACCCAAGCAUUUGACUUCUACUCCAGAUAUUUUGCUCCAUGGUGGGGUCUGGCUGAGGACCCUGUAACAGGAUCUGCACACACUAUCCUCAGCAGCUACUGGUCCCAGCAGCUCGGGAAGAAAGAAAUGCGUGCCUUUCAGUGUUCCAGACGAGGAGGAGAACUGAACAUUUCUCUGCGACCGGAUGGACGAGUGGAUGUGAAGGGUGCAGCUACUGUGGUUUUAGAGGGCACGCUGAUGGUCUAGACAGGCUGUACUAGCAUGCCGCUGUCUCUGAGGACAAAGUGUUUUCUGCAUGAAAAGAAAGAGGCUGCCUUUAGCAAGCCUGCCUAGUAGCCCACUCAAUCCUCACGUGAAAAAUAGAAAAAGGAAGACAUAGCCAUGGAAAUGUAAUAAUGCUUCCAGAAUAAUUAACUAAGGGAAUUUUAAAAACUCUAGUUGAGAUGGUAGCAACUCGAAUAAUGCUAUCUCUUUUGAUGAUAAUACCAAAGAAUGCAGGGGGAGGGAAUAUAUUGGGAAGAGUGAGAAGCCAUGUAAAUUUAGUUGUGAAUGCCUUAUAGAAUAUCUGUGGGCCUUUGAAAGGUUGUGAGGAUAUAGAGAAAGCUAUUUUAUGAUUUAAUGCCAAGAAAAAAAAGUACAAGCCAGGUGACCAAGCCUGUAAUCCUAGCUACUUAAGAGUCUGAGAUAGGAGGAUGGAAGUUUGAGUGAGACUCUUAUCUUUAAUUAACCAUUGAAAGCCGGAAGUCAAGCUAUGACUCAAACUAUGGCUGGUACAGUACCAGCCUUAAGUAAAAAAGCUAAAGGAUCGUACCCAGGCCCUGAGUUCAAGCUCCAGUACCAGUCCAAAAAACCCAAACAAACAACAAACAAAACCCCACAAAGCUAGGUAUGUAUGUAAGCUACUUAAUAUAAUAGUAAAAUUAAGUUCUGUGUCUUGAUUUGUUUUGAUAUAUGGCUUUAGAGUGAUAAGUUUAAAAGGAUUCUUCCUUUCUCUUAAUAAAAUGAGUUUAACAGAA